CUGAUCUCCUAUAAUGAUCUCAUUGUCGGAGCUUGAACUUUAUUAAAAGAGGAGUACUUUCUGGCGAGUUAGAGAGAGAAUUUUCUCGUUGGAGAUGUUGGGGGUUUUCAGUAGCUCGAUCGUUUCUCCGCCGGAAGAACUUGUGGCCGCCGGCUGCAGGACUCCUUCCCCGAAGACAACGUCGGCGGCGCUUCUGAACCGGUUCGAACAGACCAAUGCCUCCGCGGUUUCCGUACACGUCGGAGACCACGUCCAGUUGGCCUACACUCACCACAAGGAGUCACCGUUACUGCCCAGGUCAUUUGCCGUUAAGGAUGAUAUAUUCUGCUUGUUCGAGGGAGCCCUAGAUAAUUUGGGAAGUUUGAGGCAGCAAUAUGGGCUUGCCAAGUCUGCGAACGAGGUGAUUUUGGUCAUUGAGGCUUACAAGGCACUCCGCGACCGUGCACCCUAUCCUGCAAGCCAUGUUGUUGGCCACCUUAGCGGGAGUUUCGCUUUCGUAGUCUUUGACAAGUCUACCUCCACCCUCUUUGUUGCCUCUGACCAAUACGGUAAGGUUCCUCUGUAUUGGGGAAUCACUGCUGAUGGAUACGUGGCCUUUGCUGACGAUGCAGAAUUGCUUAAAGGUGCUUGUGGCAAGUCACUUGCUUCUUUCCCUCAAGGAUGUUUCUUCUCCACCACAGUAGGAGAACUGAGGAGCUUUGAGAACCCUAAGAACAAGAUCACUGCGGUACCUGCCACUGAUGAAGAGAUAUGGGGUGCAACAUUCAAGGUGGAAGGGCCAGCAGUUCUUGCAUCCACAGAGUAGAAGAUGUUCCUUUCUCCGAGGGACAGACAAAAUCUACAUCCAUUUGGGGGCUGGGAGAUGGAUUUUACAGGGCAAAUCAUCCAUGAGGAUGAGGGGCCAUGUAAAAAUAAUACCUACCUGAACGAGUCAGUGAUAUGUGGUGGGAAUGGCUCUUCUUCUUUCUUUUUUUUUUUUUUUUCUUGGUAGUUUUGGCCUUUUUUAAAGUUAUCCUGUAGCUUUGUACUGUAGCUCCUAAUCUCAAUCAAUGUACAGCUGUGCUUUCUAGUCCAUAUAAUGUAAUGUAAUGGUUUGUCUGUCUGUGGUUCAUGGAUGUCA